CAUAGAGGCCACGCGUGUAUUGUUUAAACUGCUCAAAGGCGAGUGAGUUUUCAAAGCAGCUAAACUAAACUUCCACCAAGUCGAGUGAUGGCGGCCGUCGUGUCUGUGAGCUCAAACGCCAAAGAAGACAACACAGACACCGCGCUCAGCUUCGCCUCUCGUCCGCUUCACGAAAAGUAUGACCUCUCAGCCGACCGCGACAAGUGGAGGCCCGGAGACCGCCGGCGGCCCCCAGAGCUGCUGGAAGCCGGCGAGGAGGUCCCCUCUACGGCACGCGAGGGUCAGCGGAGGGCGGAUGAAGACUUGACACCUCUGAGCCCCGAAGAGAUUAGGAGCCGCUUGGAGCGAACUCGCCGGGAGUUUUACAACCGCAGGAAGAUUAUCAUUAAAAAUUUACCAUGCGACAUCACCAACCAGGAAGUCCAUGAGCUGCUGGCCAACUAUGACCUGAAGUACUGCUUUGUGGACAAAUACAAGGGCACAGCCUUCGUGACCUUGCUCAAUGGGGAACAGGCGCAGAGCGCCAUCAAGGACUUUCACCAACACGUGCUCCGCGAGCGGGAGAUCUCUGUGCAGCUGCAGCCGACCGACGCCCUACUGUGCAUCGCCAACCUGCCGCGCUCCUUCACCCAGCAGCAGUUUGAAGAGCUGGUGCGGCCUUUCGGCAACCUGGAGCGCUGCUUCCUGGUGUACCGGGCGUCCAGCGGCCACUCCAAGGGCUACGGCUUUGUGGAGUACAUGAAGAAGGACUCGGCGGCCCGGGCCAAGUCGGAGCUCCUCGGCAAGCAGCUGGGCUCGCGCAUGCUCUACGUGCACUGGACCGAGGUGGGCUCGCUCACGUACCCGCUGCUGCACUCAAAGUGUCUUUGCGUGGACCGCCUGCCUCAGAGUCUGAUGACCGCUCAGGACCUAUGCAACGCGUUGGCCGACACCCAACCGCCAGUCUUCUGCCAGUUGGCUCAGGGACAAGAUGGAAGUUUUCGUCGGUUUGCGGUGCUGGAGUUCGCCACAGCUGAGAUGGCCGAGGAGGCUCAGCAGCUUGCAGACGGCAGGCUGCUGGGCGGAAUGCACAUCAGGGCAUCCUUCUGUGCCCCCGGACUACCCGGACGCAGCAUGCUUGCUGCUCUCAUUGCUGCCCAGACCAUGGCUGUGAACAGGGGCAAAGGUCUCCUCCCGGACCCCACUGCCAUGCAGAUCCUCACAGGCCUCAACAACCCAGCUGCCCUCAAGAUGUUGCUCAACCCGCUGUCCCAUGGCCACAACAAACAAGGUCUUCUCGGGGCGGCCCCCGCCGUGCCGCUGCUCGCCAACCCGGCCCUCCCCAGCGUGCUGCUCCAGUUGCUCCUUCAGAAGCUUCCUCCUCCUCCUCCACCGCAGGCAGGACUCAUGGCGGAGAAUCCUCUGGCCUCUUUGCCUGUCCAGCAGGGAGUCCAUCUGCUUGGAGAGCUGCCCCAAGGUCUUGGCCUUCAGACUGAUCCCCUAGCCCCACUGAAGCCCGCAUCCCUAGGUAGAUCUGUGGGCAGGGAUCAGGAGUCGCCCAGCUUCCCGCAGACUCCCUCUCCCACUCUGCAGGGUCUAUCCGUGCCAAUGAUGAGCGGCAUGAUGGGGCCGGACGGCCUCGCGGCUCAGGGGGUCUCCAUACUCGGAGAUCCGCCUAAAGAUGUGACUCCUUCCCAGAGUUCCUUUCUCGCCGUCAACCAUGCAUUUCCUUCAGGCCCCAACUGCAGACCUCACCCGUACAGGAAGAGACCCACGCUAACCAACGUGUCCAACCAGCACAUGCAGCCCAACUACAGCCUGCGCUACCAGGAGUCAUACGGUGCCGAGUACCCUCCUCUCCAUCAGGAUGAGCUGCAGCACUUGUACGAGGAGCAGGAGAACCACCACAUUGGCGACUUGGCAGGGUUCGGACAGCAGCUCUCUUGUCCGUCAGACUACAGCCAAAGGCACUUCACUUACCCCCCGAGCCCUCCCCUGUCCUCGUAUUUCAGCUCAGGGCCCGAUGCCUCCAUGAAUGGCAGCCUCCAUCCUAGCCAGCUCAAUAGGGCUGUUGGGAUGCCUCCUCUGAGUCACACAUCCAGCUACCCUCCAGGCCUUGGGAACACGAUGAAGACUCCCAUUGGUAGCCACAAGCGCGUCUUGUCCCGCCUCAUCCCGUCUCCGGAGCCGAGCCCAGAAGGCGGCUACGUGGGCCAGCACUCCCAGGGCCUGGGGGGGCAUUACGCCGACUCCUACCUGAAGCGCAAGCGCAUCUUCUAAACAAAAAUAAACAAAAAAAAAAAACAGAACAAAACAAGAAAAUGUCGCCACAAGAAGCCAGGAUGUGACGGGAACUCUUCUAGUGAACGCGUCCCCCGGGGACGGUCCUUCCAUUUUUGUGUUUGUGUGUGUGUGUAUAUAAUUUUAGUGUGUUGCUAAAUUAAUUCUUUUAACUUUUUUUU